ACAGCAGCCAUCUUGAAGAGCACGGAAAUGUUGCCAGCGCUGAAGCUCCUUUGCACCUGUCUGCUCUGCGGCGCCACAGGUACUCAGAAGGGGGUCUGGCAGACGUCACAGUUGACGGUCAAGACCGGUCUCCCCGGCUGCAUGCGCUGCCGCCACCACCUCAACGGCAUUUACUUCUUCAUGUUGUGGUACCGACAGUCACCCGGGGCGGGUUUAAGGCACAUUGCCAUCAGCGCACCCUUCAUGAACCAAACGGAAUUCCAUGGAGAUUCCAGCCCGGACAAGUACACCAUCUCGCAGGUGGAGGCCGAGCAAGGGUCCCUUAGGGUGGAAAAGGUGCAGCCGGGCGACGGCGGAGUGUAUUACUGUGCGGUCGGAAAGCUUCACGGUGCUUCAGAUCUUUGGGAACGUGCACAGGAAACUGUAAGCUUUGCUGCCUGCACUGCUCUGCUCUCAGGAGAGAAAGUCCUGCAGACUCCCAGUGACAUGUUGAAGAACACGGGAGAGACGGCCACCAUCCAAUGUUCUCACAGCAUUACGGGCUACGACGUGAUCCUCUGGUACAAGAACGUGGAGGUGCAGAUGCAGCCCCUGGGGUACAUGUCUUACAGCAACGCCCUCCCAGAGAAGGGUGUGGACGUGGAGAUAAAAGGGAGCGCCUCAGUGAAUGAACAGUGCCGACUGAUUGUCCCAAAGCUCAACCUGAACAGCAGUGCAUUUUAUUACUGUGCAGCUAGGACAAGCAAUUCUGAAGCCUACUUUGGCCCGGGAACAAGACUAACGGUUCUAGGUAAGACACCAGAAUAAGUCAAUCCACCCAAGGUGACCUUGCUGAAACCUUCGCCACAGGAGUGCAGCCAGCAGAAGAAGAAGAAGAAGAAGACUUUAGUGUGCGUGGCCACGGGCUUCUACCCGGACCACGUCAGCGUGGUGUGGCAGGUCAACCAGGUGCAGGAGGACACAGGUGUGGCCACGGACUUGCGGGCCCUGCGAAGCGGGGACUACUACAGCAUCAGCAGCAGGCUGAGGGUCCCGAGCAGCCAGUGGUUCAACUCCCACACCACCUUCAAGUGCGUGGUCAACUUCUUCAACGGGAAAGAAAGUGUGGGGUAUGAGGCGGAGAUGAAAGGAGAAAAAGGCUGGGACCAGGAAGACGCCAUGACGCGAGACAACUUCCUGAAGAUCUGGCAGAGCGCCAAACUCUCCUACAGCGUCCUCAUCGCCAAGAGCUGCGUCUACGCCGCCUUCCUCUUCUUCCUGCUCCGCAAGCUUCCCCUUGGUCUCCUCGGGGAAAAGUGACUAACUCUCAUUGUUGUGUUGUUGAUUGUGUCCUUCAUUGCUUGUCCUGCCUCUUCCUGAA